ACUUAUAAAUCAGCUGAGUCAUUGGAUCGCAGGAGCAAAUGUCUGUUGACUGAACCAAGUUGAAACUACUUUCAACCGAGGUUGUAACUAAUUAUAUACCUCACUACGGUAUAUUAAGAUCCACCACCGCUUCAACAACGGUUUUGCUUGACAGUGAUUGAUUUAAGAGUUUCGCAUUUUUGAGACUCUGCAAAUUAAGCGGAAUCGUAGAGUGUGGCUGCAACUUUCUUUGAGUUCAACACAUCUCAAAAGUCGUUCAAAAGAGACUAAACACGAUGGCAAAUGAAGCCAAACCGUGUCCCUGUGAAAUUGGUGAUCGUAUGGACUAUGGAGGACUGGGCCAGGAGGUUCAGAUAGGGCACAUUAAAGCCUAUUUGGUCAAACCAUCCGCUGAGUCUGACAAGGCUGUUAUUGUCAUACAAGACAUCUAUGGAUGGCAACUUCCCAACACCCGAUACAUGGCUGACAUGCUGGCUGCCAAUGGAUACAUUGCCGUGUGUCCAGACUUUUUUGAUGGAAAGGAACCAUGGAGCUCAUCACACGAUUGGUCGAAAUUCCAGGAGUGGCUUGAGGAGAAAAAGCCAACAAACAUUACCAAAGAGGUGGAUGUGGUGCUGAGGUUCUUGAAGGAGCAGUGCGGGGCCAAUCAUAUAGGAGCAGUGGGCUUCUGCUGGGGAGGUAUUGCCACACAUUACCUGGCCCUGCAAUAUCCAGAGGUCAAAGCUGCAGUGUCAGUCUAUGGGAUUAUCCGUGAGAAAGAAGACAGUUAUGAGCUGAAGAGUCCCACACUGUUCAUAUUUGGAGAAAAAGAUGUUAUAAUCCCACUGGACCAGGUGAGUGCACUUGAAGCCAAACUUAAGGAGAAAUGCACAGUGGAUUAUCAAGUGAAGAUCUUUCCUGGUCAGACUCAUGGAUUUGUUCACCGCAAGAGAGAGGACAUCAACCCCACAGACAAACCCAGCAUCCAGUCGGCCAGAACAGACAUGCUAAACUGGCUCAGCAAGUAUAUGUAAAAGAGAAGGUCAGAAUCACCAGAGUUGUACUUUGUAAUAUGAGGUUAUGUUAAUCCCAUCUAUACUCAUACUGGACCACCUUGCCUAAUUUCUAUUUUGUAUGUCUGGUUUAUAUCUGUAUGUAGGACUUUUCUGUUCCUGAAAAAAGGAAUCAGUUGUUGAGCAAAAUUAUGAAAUACUUGUCUUCUUUGUGAAAGUUUGCAAACAUUCAGUAAAUUGUGGGACGUAAUCAGAUUACCUUUUAUGCAUGAACUUUGACAAAACUUGUGUUAUGAUAUGGAAAUAAAGCAUCUUUAACAUUG